CCUCUAGGGAGGCUUGGCUCUGUCUUUUACUUUGAAGCCGAGCAAAGCAAACUCCUGUCCGGAAAAGUGAUAGAACAGGUCUCCUCUUCCUGGCUGUCUCAACUCUAAUCAGCCCCAAAGCUGCUUCUCUCUCACCAUACCUUGCAAACAAAUCUCGCACCAAUACAACGCAAAUCCCCCAUGCCCCAACCCCAAAUUUUUUUCUCUUCAUCAUUUCAUUUCCAUUGCAUUAAUAAUAACAGUACAAUUUUCUUCCUACUUCCUCCUCCUCUUGCCCUUCUGCAUUAUUUCCAAGUCUUUCCCUUGCCUUUGGCCUGUCCCACUUUUUCUGACUCUUCCCCGAGCAAUAAUCACCAAACUCACCCUUCCCUGCCAUUCACUUCACUUCACUUCUCUCCCUCCCCCUCGACACCCCAACACCAAAUUUCCACAAUCUUCAAAAAUCUCAUCUUUGAUUUUGGUCAAAGGUUUUUCUUUGUCAGUUUUCUUUGAGCACCAUGGAUUCUUCCAUUUAUGGUGUUUCUUCCUCCAAGAUUUUCUUUUUCGCCUUCUUUCUUUCGUUUGCCAUUGCGGCAUUGACUCAAAAUCCAUCUGGAAAAUCCUUUUCUUCAUCAGCUUCCGGUCAGAUUAACUCAAACUCGGUCCUUGUUGCUCUCCUUGACUCGCAUUACACUGAGUUGGCUGAACUCGUUGAGAAAGCAUUACUACUCCAAACCCUCGAAGAAGCUGUUGGCAACCACAAUAUUACCAUUUUUGCCCCUCGAAAUGAAGCCUUGGAGCGUCAACUGGACCCGGAGUUCAAACGGUUCUUACUUGAACCCGGAAACCUUAAGUCGCUCCAAACCCUUCUAAUGUUCCACAUUAUCCCCAAACGGGUCGGAUCCCACCAAUGGCCAGACCCCAAAACCGGUCCUGUCAAACACAACACCCUGUCUAACGACCAUCUGCAGUUAACUUCCAAAUCCACCAGCAAGAAAACUGUGGGGUCAGCCGAGUUGAUUCGACCCGACGACGUGAUCCGACCCGAUGGAGUGAUCCACGGGAUCCAGCAGCUCCUCAUUCCCCGUUCCGUCAUAGAAGACUUCAACAAGAGACGUAAUCUGGAGUCAAUCUCCGCCGUUUUACCUGAGGGUGCGCCAGAAGUGGAUCCUCGCACCCACAGGUUGAAGAAGCCAGCGCCAGUGCCAGCUGGAGCACCACCUGUACUCCCGAUCUAUGACGCGAUGGCACCAGGUCCUUCUCUGGCACCGGCACCGGCACCGGGACCUGGCGGACCUCGUCAUCAUUUUGACGGUGAGAGCCAGGUCAAGGAUUUUAUCCAAACGUUAUUACAUUACGGCGGGUAUAACGAAAUGGCUGAUAUUCUAGUGAACUUGACUUCUUUAGCAACGGAAAUGGGGAGACUGGUUUCUGAAGGAUAUGUUAUAACGGUCUUGGCUCCGAAUGAUGAAGCCAUGGCGAAGCUUACUACUGAUCAGUUAAGUGAGCCAGGGGCGCCGGAACAGAUUAUUUAUUACCAUAUUAUUCCUGAGUAUCAGACUGAGGAGAGUAUGUACAAUGCGGUUAGGAGGUUCGGGAAAGUGAGAUAUGAUACGCUGCGUUUGCCGCAUAAGGUAGUGGCUCAGGAGGCUGAUGGUUCUGUCAAAUUUGGGCAUGGUGAGGGUUCAGCUUAUCUGUUUGAUCCGGAUAUUUAUACAGAUGGGAGGAUUUCGGUUCAGGGGAUUGAUGGGGUUUUGUUCCCGGAGGAAGAGAUUGAGCCUGUUAUGAAACCAGCUGCUGUCAAGGUCUCCUCCAAGCCCAGAAGAGGGAAAUUGUUGGAAGUUGGAUGUUGGAUGCUUGGCACUCUCGGACAGGAUUCACGAUUUCAAUCAUGUUAAUGAAUGAAUAUAUAAAAAUUAUAGUCUCAAGAAGGGAAGAAAAAGGAAAAGAAACUGAAACAAAGGUGAACAGUACUUUCUUGGUGUAAAGAUGGUUUAUCAUUUGCAGUUGUACAGUUAGAUUUUGUCUCAUAAUACACUGGAAAGGAGGCACCUGGUGAUGCUUGAUAUCCUCAAAAGAAAAAAAAAAAAAAUCCUCAGAGAAGAGAAAGCUUGCUGAUAUUUUGUCAUAAAUACUGUAAUUACAUACCAUUUUUUUAUUAUUUUUUGUGUAUGAUUCACUAUCUUAUAUAUAUGCAUACGGUAUGAACAACCACUUUCGAAAAAACCCAUCUGCUUCAUUGUAUCAAGGGUUAUUCUGUUGUAUUUGCCUGAAUCAAAUUCAAAGCCGCUUUUUGUAGUCUUGUUGAGUUACUUUGCUAUGCUUGGCAGUGGUUGCCUGGAUGAUGA